CCCGAUUGAGCGCCUAACUCAAAUUUCAGAGGCUCUCUCUUCGCCGCUAUAUAUCCAGUUCACUCAUUACCACUCACCACUCACCAUUCGAAGCGAGAAAAUUAUAGAGGCGUGAAGCGAAUCAAAGGAAGAUUAAUUAGUUACUUGAGAAAAAGGAAAUGUCAGGUAGAGGAAAGGGAGGAAAGGGGCUCGGAAAGGGAGGUGCGAAGAGGCACAGGAAGGUGUUGAGGGACAACAUCCAGGGCAUCACCAAACCAGCCAUCCGCAGGCUCGCUCGUAGGGGAGGUGUGAAGCGAAUCAGUGGUCUGAUCUAUGAGGAGACACGAGGUGUUCUCAAGAUCUUCCUCGAGAACGUUAUCCGUGAUGCGGUCACUUAUACUGAGCACGCGAGGAGGAAGACUGUCACUGCCAUGGAUGUUGUCUAUGCUCUCAAGAGGCAAGGCCGUACUCUCUACGGCUUUGGUGGUUAAUAUCUCUAUUGUGUUUUUCUCCUUCCUUUGUUUGUUUAGUAGGUGAGUUGUUGAAUGUAUAUCAGGUGUUAUUCCUAUUAAGGUGUUUGAUCUCUUGUUGAUGUUCAUAAUUGAAAUGGUGGAUCUGGGUUUGUAAUGAAACUAUCUAUUCUCUAUUUCAAUGUCUAUUUCACCUGAGGUUGACUUGUCGCA